GUCAAAAAACUUAACCUCAAAUAAAAGGUUUAUAAUUAUAAGCUCCCGACAUGUAUUCCAAUAGAAACAACAAUUCAAAUCAUUCGGAUAAACCGAUGGGCAAAUACGAACAGAAAUUGAGUUAUAUAAAAACUCUCAUCCGAGAGUACGUACAUGAAAACGCGGCGCUGGUAGACGAAAUUGAUGAAGUUCAAGUGCAAAUCCUGGUGAGAAAAGAAGAAAGGAAAUUUCUACUCAAGAAACUGUGCGAAUUCGAACCUUCAACAGCUAACGAAGUACAAAUGUAUGCGAAGAAGACUGGGUCUUCAGUUUCAGACAUACCCCAACCUACUGUUGAGACAAAAAGAGUUAAAAGGAAACACUCUAGUUCAGCAGAACCUUCUAAGAGCAGAGGAGACACUAAGUCCAGAUCCGAAAGAAAAUCGCACAAUCGAAGGCCCUCUAAAAGCAAGAAACGGGUGGUACCCCCAAUACCUCUAGAUAAUACAGGAAAACCAAUAUUUCCUAUUGAUUUAGGACGACUUACAGUUCAUUCCCUAGGAGAAGUUAUCCCGGAAAAACCUCAGUUUCACACCGAGGAAGUUAUAUUCCCAGUAGGAUAUGUAUCGACUAGGAUAUAUGGAAGUUUGAAAGAUCCAACCGUCAAGUGUAUAUACACCUGCAAAAUCUCUGACUCAAACGAUCUUCCAAGGUUCGAAAUAGCUUCCGAUGACAAUGUAUCGCCGAUUGUUGGUGAUACUCCAGAUAUCUGUCACUCUCUACUACUUCAAAAAAUAAAUGAUUCACUUUCGCUCAACGUUGUGAGUACAAGACCAAGGGGGAACGAGUUCUUUGGAUUAAGCCAUCCGGUGGUUUUAAAUCUUAUCCAGAGUUGCCCAGGCACUCGUAAAUGCACAAAUUAUAAGUGGAAUCGAUUUGAAGUCUCUAGGAAUUGUGAUGCUCUAAUCGAUGACAACGACGCUGGGCUUAGUUAUGAAUAUCUGCAGAGGAGUAUAAACUUCUGCCGAUACAAGAUGGCGCCCGAUAUUCUUCAAAAACCGGAAGGUUUCGAAGAUAUCAGGAAAAAUAAAAAUGAUAUGUAUUACUGAAUGACCCAAGAUGAUCUCGCACUUCAGUUCGAAUGAUAGACAACAUUUUCAAAGUUCGGUAUAAGAAAAAAGUACUCAAAUCAAUGAUUGCAAACUACUCUUGUACCUGACAAGACUAUAUUUCGAAAGAAUUCGUUUUUGUACAACUCAUUUAUUUGUGAGAAUUCAAUUCUUCAUUUUUGGAUAUCAAUUUGCAUGAAUGUUGUAUCAACCGAUGUUAUAUUUCUAGAGUGGCAGUACUAGAUUAGCCGAGUAUUUAUCUUAAUUUAUGGAAAAAUCAUACUUUUUAUAAGGCAAUAUACUUGUGAUAAAUA